UACAAGAAUGGAACAAGAUGCAGAGAGAAGCGCCACGACUGUUGCAUCGACCUCUCAAGGGUCGAAAUUAGAUCCGAUAGCUCGAGUGAGGAAGCUCUUGUUCCGCCAGAUGCUCGUGGGAAUCAAAGACGGGAGAUUCUUCCUUGGAAAUUUCCAUUGCAUUGACAAACAAGGAAACAUAAUUCUCCAGGACACCGUGGAGUAUCGUAGCAUAAGAAGAUCGUCUCCUUCGCCUACUGAACAGCGUUGUCUUGGUAUGAUCCUAAUCCCUUCCUCUUGCAGGACAUCUUGCCAUGUAGAUUGCUCUAUCGAGGAACAGCUUUCGUUGAUUCAGCUGAAAGAGUAGAGCCUCUUUUACGACUUGAUGAGAGAAUCUCUCCGGAGUUCAUCAAAUGUUUAGUCUUUCUGAAUGACAUCCGAUUGUACAUUAACUAUGAAGUCUAUAAUUCAAACAUUCGUACUGUCACAGGUUGUGAUUUUAUGUAGCAAGAAGUUUCUGA